AUGAUCAAACAGACCCAAAGAUCAUGUAAUUUAAGACCCCUUCUUGGGGAAAAGCAUGAACAGUGGAAAAUGAGUAAUAGUGGACACUUUGGAAAAAACUACCUUUCUCUCUUGAGGGUCGUAGUUUCAACUCCAGAGUCCAUAAAAAUUCACAGCUUUAGAGUCUGGUCAAAGGAUUAUUUUGUCGGCCAGCCUUCUAAGAAAAGUUUGUAUUUUCUCAAUUUCUGUAGACUUUUUUGGCAAAUCAGUUAUAUAAACAUAAAUAAGAAGGAAGAUGCCCGUGAUUUAAGAAUCAUCAAUAUAAUUAAGCAUUGGCAAUAUUGCCAUAAUUCUGAAUUAUAG